AUGGAUCAAAGAUUAAUACGUGCUUCUCAACAAGGGAAUACUGAUGAAUUAUAUGGAUUACUUGAAGAGAAUGGAUAUCUUCUGGAGAGAAUUGAUCAGAUACCUUUUAUUGACACUCCGCUACACAUAGCUGCAUCUGCAGGGCAUGUGGAAUUUGCACUGGAAGUUAUCAACUUAAAACCAUCGUUUGCCAGAAAGCUUAGUCCAAGUGGAUUUACUCCAAUGCAUCUUGCUUUGCAAAAUAGGCAGUUCCAUAUGGUUCUUCAACUCUUGAAAAUCAAUCAAUGUCUUGUUCGUGUCAAAGGGAAGAAGGGCAUAACUCCUUUGCACCAUGUAACUGGAGAAGGAGACACUGAACUUUUGUCUGAUUUUCUUGUUGCUUGUCCUGAAUCAAUCAAGGAAGUUACUGUUAGAAAUGAGACUGCCUUACACGUUGCCGUGGUAAACAAUAGGUUGGAAGCUCUUGAAGUUCUCGUUGGAUGGAUCCAAAGGACUGCUCGUAAAGGUGCUAAAUAUAUGGAACAUGAAGUUGUGAAUUGGCAGAACAAUGAUGGCAACACUGCUUUGCAUCUUGCAGCAGAACGUAAUCAACAACAGUUGCUAAGCGUCCUACUAGGUUGCAGAGCUGUUAAUAGAAACAUCAAGAAUCGAAGAGGCUUGACAGCUAUGGACAUUUCAAGCCAAAGCGGAGGCCAAGAGAAUAGCAGAGAAAUUAGGUUUAUGGUUCGCAAGGCUGGUGGUCUUAAUCUUCCUAAAGUUUCAAGACAGGCUGAGUAUUUUAGAUCAAAAAUUUCACCUACUGAGUCCGUGGCCACAGUCUUAACCCGGAAGAGAAACAAUAUAUCAAGUGAGAAACGCAGUGCGCUACUCGUAGUGGCAGCUCUGAUUAUAACAGCUACAUAUCAAACAGCUCUUAGCCCUCCCGGAGGUGUAUGGCAAGGUAAUAAUCCAGCUAUUUCCAGCACUCCGUCUCCGGAGAAUAACACUACCUUACUGCAUAGUCCGGGGAGCGUAGUCAUGGCUGGUUGGUUUCCAUAUCUCUGGCUUUCGAACUCGUUUGCUCUCUGGGUGUCGAUAUUGUUUACAGCAAUCCUGCUUCCUACCAGUCUCUACAGUAGACUACUACUUUCGGCUCUAUCAUUAUUGUCUGUAUCCUAUACUGUAUCUAUCACAGUCAUAUCCGAGACUGGUUGGCUUUUUAUUCCUUCAUAUCUGCUUUUAGGUUGCUUUGGAAUUACUCUUCCAUUCCUCCAGUUAACUGGACCACUCCAGCGUCUUGAGCAGAGGAUGGGUAAGAACCAGGUAUUGUACUCUGCUUACAAAGUUUCAGAUUGA